CCAGGCCGUCACGUGAUGCAGGGCCGGGGCGGCUGGAAGAUUGUGACCAACAUGGCGGCGCUCGGCCUCUCCUCCUCUUGAAGGAAGCUGCUUGUUGUCUCAUCAAUAAAGAAGGAGACCGUCCCCGGCGAGCGUUUGCGUGCGUGUGUGUGUCCAAGCCCCGGGGAUGGCUCAGUGCGUGCAGAGCGUCCAGGAGUUCAUCCAGGACACCUUCGUGCCCAUGGUGGCCGUGCUGUGCAGCGAGGCCGCCGAGAGCUCGACACGGAAAAACAACCUGAGCUUCGCCGAGCUGGUCCGGCCUUUCUGCCGCCUCACCUCCGAAGUUCAUAUGCGAGAUCCUAACAACCAGAGCCAUGUCAUUAAAAACCUGAGGAUCAAUGUUACUGGAAUUGUUACCCAGCCACCACAACAGACUGCCAUUCGGAAGCUGUUAAGUGAGGUGGUUUCUGCCAGUCAGCCUGCUGAAGGAUUGGUUGCUAAUGUGAUUACAGCAGGAGAUUAUGAUCUCAAUAUCAGUGAUCGCUCAGUUAAAGCUAGUGUUCCAUGGUACAAUAAUUGGAAAGACACUUUGAUGCAGCUGAGUUCGUCCAAGUUCCAUGCAGCUACCACUCCCUGGUUUGAGGCCUACAGAGAAUGCUUCUUCCAAUCCAUGUCACCAUCAGACCACGAGUUUCUACACCACUAUUUGGCAUGCAUGCUUGUGGCCUCAUCGAAGGACCCAGACCCAGUGGACCAGUUUCUGAAGUUAUCACAAGAGCAACAUCGUAUUCAACAUAGUAGUGACUACUCCUACCCAAAGUGGUUUAUUCCAAAUACAUUAAAAUAUUAUGUUUUACUACAUGAUGUUAGUGAAGGGGAGGAGCAAAGAGCUGAAUCAGUUUAUGAAGAAAUGAAACAGAGAUAUGGGACACAGGGAUGUUAUUUGCUUAAGUUUAACUCUCGAAUACCUUCAAGUGGAGCAGAUGAGCAGAUCCCCGACCCUUGGAGUCAGUAUUUGAAUCGAAAUAAUUUGCAAAACCAGGAAAUCUGUGAAGAUGGCCUUGUUCCAUUUCUCAACAAGAAUAAAGAAAACAGUACAAAUGCACUGGAGCUGGAUGGUUUGAACAAUUCAAUCAAUGAUGAAAUUCCAAACAACUUUAAAUCCCAUCCGUUUCAGGAAGAUGUUCUUGUGAAGUCAGGGGCACUUGAUGGACCUCACCGACCAAAGCCUGUGGAGACAAUGAACAAUUCAAUCAAACAAAACAGCUCAAGUGCCCGUGGACUCAGUUUAACACUGACCGAUCAUGAUCGAAUUAGACAGUUCAUUCAGGAGUUCACGUUUCGGGGGUUACUGCCACACAUCGAAAAGACUAUCCGGCAAUUGAAUGAUCAGCUGGUGUCUAGAAAAGGUCUAAGUCGUUCUUUAUUCACGGCUACUAAAAAAUGGUUCAGUGGGAGUAAAGUGCCGGAGAAAACCAUAAAUGAACUUAAAAAUGCCAGCAGCUUAUUGUAUCCACCGGAAGCUCCAGAGUUGCAGAUAAGAAAAAUGGCCGAUCUGUGUUUCUUAGUUCAACAUUAUGACCUGGCUUACAACUGCUACCAUACGGCAAAGAAAGAUUUCCUCAAUGAUCAAGCAAUGCUAUAUGCAGCAGGGGCUUUGGAAAUGGCAGCAGCGUCAGUUUUUCUUCAGCCUGGAGCACAGAGACAAUAUCCCACCCAUUACAUGGAGACAGCUAUUCAGACAUACAAGGACCUCUGCAAGAACCUGGUACUCGCUGAACGGUGUACUUUACUAAGUGCUGAAAUUUUAAAAAGCCAAGCCAAAUAUUCGGAGGCUGCAACUCUUCUUAUCCGGAUGACAAGUGAGGAUUCUGACCUCCGAAGUGCACUUUUACUAGAACAAGCUGCUCACUGUUUCAUCAACAUGCGUUCUCCUAUGGUACGCAAAUUCGCUUUUCAUAUGAUUCUAGCUGGGCAUCGAUUUGGCAAAGCAGAUCAGCGCAAACAUGCCUUGCGGUGUUACAGUCAAGCCAUGCAAGUUUACAAAGGCAAAGGAUGGAGUCUGGCAGAGGAUCAUAUUAACUUCACAAUUGGUCGCCAGUCCUUUACCUUGCGACAGCUGGACAACGCAGUGUCAGCCUUCAGGCAUAUUCUGAUCAAUGACAGUAAGCAAACAGCUGCUCAGCAGGAAGCUUUCCUUAGGGAGUACCUGUAUGUUUAUAAGAGUGUAAAUCAGCUCUCACCUGAUGGACCUUUACCCCAGCUUCCACUACCCUGCAUCAACAGCUCAGCAACGCGGGUAUUUUUUGGACAUGACAGACGACCUUCUGAAGGAGAAAAGCAAGCAGCCACCCACGUCAGUUUGGACCAGGAAUAUGAACGUGAAGCCUCACAGCAAUGGAAAGAGCUUGAGGAGCAGGUAGCAGCUGUGGUGAAUAAAGGAGCUGUACCACUAAAUUUUCAGCCAACUCAGUACUGUCUAAACAGCCAGACUGACAACUUGCGAUUUCCUGUGGCCGUAGUAGAAGAACCAGUCACAGUCGAAGUAGUAUUCAAAAAUCCUUUGAAGGUCCCUUUGCUGUUGAAAGAUCUCUCGUUGUUGUGGAAAUUUAAUUUUAGAGACUUCAAUAAAAGUCUAGAGGGAGAUACAAAGGAGUCAAUCAGCAAUGAAAAGGAGGCACAUCCAAAGGCAUCCCUCAGUAUUGCCACAGAGGUAAUAAGUGAAUUUCAAAUAAAUGGUGAAGAGACUAAAGUGGCAAGAUUGAAACUGCUUCCUCAUCAGACAGGAGAACUGCACAUUCUUGGAGUUGUAUAUAACCUUAGCACUGUGCAAUCAGCUGCUACACAUGAUAGAAUGGACUCUAGUCCUGGAAUGCAGGUAGCAGGCAGUUGUCUCAACGCUAGCAACCUCUACUCCGUAAAAUCUGGAAGCAAGCCAACAGUUCCCCAUAGCCUCAACUAUCAACCCAGCUCUUCAGAUCAACUGGAGUACUUCCAUGGGCUAAGCUGGACAGAAGGCAAAACACCUCAUGGGUUAUCAGUAAGAGGACGGCAAGAUUUGGAAAUCCAGGGGCCGCGGCUCAAUAACACUAAAGAGGAGAAAACUUCUGUUAAGUAUGGAUCAGAUCGACGGCUAGAUCCCAUCAUCACAGAGGCAAUGCCUUUGUUAGAGGUAUUUUUCAUUAAUUUCCCCACUGGACUGCUUUGUGGGGAAAUAAGGAAAACUUACGUGGAGUUUGUGAACGUAAGCAAGUGCCCACUCGCUGGAUUAAAAGUUGUGUGCAAAGACCCAGAUUUCUUUUCCUUUGGGAGUAAAACUGCUGUGUUGACACCGUUAAGUCCGACAGCUUCUGAAAACUGUAGCGCCUACAAGACGGUUGUGACCGAUUGUGCAUGUAUGCCUUCUGCUGUGACAUCGUCAGUUUCCCCGGCAGACUUUGGGAUGGGCACCGGAAAUCCACUUUGGGUGACUGAUGUACCACUUCCUGACUCUGUGUUGUUACCUGGGGCUUCUGUGCAGUUACCAAUGUGGCUACGUGGACCAGAUGAAGAAGGAGUUCAUGAAAUAAACUUUUUAUUUUACUAUGAAAGUACAAAACCACAUUCAAAAUUGAGUCACAGAGUACUAAGACACAUGGCGAUAAUAUGCACCAGCCGUUCUCUAAGUGUGAAAGCAACAGCGUAUAGCAGUAAUGUCCUAGAAGCUGAUGGGAAGAGUGACAGUGAUAAUCUGCUGGUGUUUUUGGAUGUGGCGAAUAUUAAUACAAGUGAAGCAGGUGUGAGGGAAUUCCACAUAAUCCAGGUGUCGAGUGGUAGUGAACAUUGGAGGCUGCAGAAAUGUAUAAAUCCUGCUGAAGAUAAAGAUGCAAAGCUCAGUAGUCGGGAGAGGGCAAAACUCUGCUUUCGAGCAACAAGGUGUCAGAAUUCAGAAGCUACCUCAUGUACAGAAGGAAAGUAUAUAUUUGCAGAUAUCGUUCUGGGGAGCGAACAAAUAAUCAGUGCAACCACUCCAUGUGCGGACUUUUUCUUUCAAAGCUGCUAUGCUGCACGAUCUCGAAAGACAAUACCACAGACAACUAUGGGACCUGGGAAACCAAAAACUGGUGAUGUCACCAAAUUAGUACAGAGAUGUAGUGAAGUGGAUCUCAAUAUAAUAGUACUAUGGAAGGCAUAUGUUGUCGAGGACAAUAAACAGCUUAUUUUAGAAGGCCAGCUUCAUGUUGCUCUGGAAUCAAUUGGUAAAGAAGCCUGUUCAUUACCUCAAGUACAGGAAGCGCAGGAAAUGGUUCUGUUGAAAUUUAUACGACCUGAACAGCCAAUGCUGCCUGCAAGACCGAGUAUGGAGCAGCUUUCCCAUCUUAUUAAGAUUAGCUUUCAUUACCCUGAAUACUACGACCAUCCAUUUCAUCAAAAGAGUUUGUGUUUAGUACCCGUUACUCUUGUUCUUUUCAAUUGCUGUCAAAUUGAAGUGGAUAUUAUCAUUGAUCUGCGGCACAAGGCCACAAGCCCAGAGAUGUUGGAGGUCCAUGGUUCAUUCACCUGGCUUGGACAGACUCAGUACAAAAUUCAACUGAAGGGGCAGGAGGUUUACACAGUUCCACUGAGGGCUUGUUUUGUUCAUGCUGGUGUCUAUAAUCUUGGGACGCCCAGAGUCUUCGCCAAACUUGCCGACCAGAACGUGCAGUGUGAAACCAGCCAGCAGAACUCCACACCGGCCCUGAUAAUUAUCAACAGUAUCUGAGGAACCGGCAGCACGGCACACACUCUGAAACUCAGAAGGAAUCAAAAAUACCGAUUGCUUUCUUUUUGUAGCUAUUGUUGAAAUUUCCUGCAUUUGUACCCUGUACCCACAACAAAUACAGAACUAAUAUCACACACUUGUACAGAACAAAUGGAGGUGGGGACAGGUUGGGGGGGGGAGGAAAUGAGAACUUAAACCAGACCUAAAAUUAUUUUGUCCUUCAAAAUAAAAGGCACCCUGAACUUGGAUGUGCAUAUGUAAGAUGAUUUUUGAAUAUAUUUAUCAUUCAUCUCUGCUUAUAAUUAUACCUUUUUUAAUGCAAACAUUUGAAUAUAGAUGUGCAGGUUGGGCCAGCUGUUAGUAAUGCAGUUUAAAACUGUUAUCUUUUCCAGCACAUUGUUUGAGUAUCUGCAGUCAUCUGAAAGGAUGUCAGUCAUAAUUUUGGCUUUUUCUUUCUUCAGCCUCCAUUUCCUGGUUACUAAAUCAAAAGACCGUGAUCACUAACUGUGUAGUUUGUGGGAAAAGUGCAUUGAUUGCAUGAGCUAGCUCCUCAUUGCUAACUGUUCGAAAGGAAAUCUUUUACGUUCAACCUCUGAGAUGUAAAACUAAACGUUGCUUUACCUAUGCCCUUUUUUUACACACUGAUUUGUUUCCUCAAUAUAUCUCAGGUUUAAAAGAAAAGGCUGAAUAAUGAAGCAUACCUGUUUGAUUUGUCUUUUGGUUUGGUUUAAUUCAGUUACAAGUUUAUUUCACAACCACAGGGUGUUAUCUGAGUUGGACCCAGCUAGCUACAUUAUGAUGGAACUUUGCAAAUUUAAUGUGUUAUUUAAUAUAUCGACAGACUUAAAAUGAACACAAAUGUCUUUUCAAGAAAUGAUGUAUUAUAUUUAUAGCUAAUGUCUGUAAAUAGAAUAAAACAUAACCCA